AUAAAAUAAAAUAACAAUAUAAAGCGAUUAAAAGAGAGCUCAUGUCUUGUGUAACAAAGCAAGUGACUGCAGAUUAUUGUUGCUAGUGUGUGUGUGUGUGGGCACAAUGCAAAUGAAGUGCGAACAAAGAGCAAUUAAGAAGAUAGUGAAAAUGAAACGAAUUGAAAAACAAGAAUUGCAUUACUUUCUCUUCUCUUUCGUCUUUUAAGCAGAUAACGAAAUGAGAUUGCAAUAAGCGAUUUGCGAAGCAAAAGAAAAAAAGGGAGAUAACCACGACGGCGCCCACACGCAAAAGGAAGAAGGAGAAGAAGCACAAAUAGCCUGCAAUUCAAUGUUGUUGUGUUUAUGAGCAAUGGCUGAGUAGCAUACAAAACGGCAGCCAAGAGAAGCAGAAGCAGAAGCGAAAGAAAGAGCCAAUGUCCGGAAGCGAACAACAGCAAAAGGAGCAACGAAGCAGCAGACAAAGGUGCAGGCUGUUAAAUGCAAGACAAAGUUUAAAUUCCUUUUAGUUUUUCAGCAAUAAUUGCCGAGAGGCCGGAAAGAAAGAAAGAAAAAAGAGAGCUGCGGAUAGACCAAACGCAAACAGUGUGACCAAAGUGUGGCCAGUGACUUUAUUGUCUAGUACCCAAUAUCCAAACCGUUGUGGCAGGAGUUUCGCUUGGCUGCUAAAGAGAGAGAGAGAGAGAGAGAGAAAGAGAGAAGUCGACAACAAGUAGAAUUUUGUUUAUGUUACUUGCACUGCCAUUAGAUAUAUAGAUAUAUAAUAAUCGGUAGACUUAAGCUUAAAAAUGUCCAAUUCCCAUUACAACAAUCACCACAACAACUACCAGCAGCAGCAACAACAACAGCCGCAGCAUUCCAACACUUCCAAUGGAGAUGAGGACUAUCAUCAGCAGCAACCGGUUCAUUCAACCGGUUAUUCCCAUGCCAAUUCCCACUAUAUGAAUGGACAUGGAAAUGGCAUGCGGAUAAAACCUUUGGAUAAUGUUGCUGUGCCGGAUAUGUGUAUGUUCUGCUUUGAGGUGCUCGACUGCGAGCUAAAUAAUAUGGACGGACCCGGAGUGCCAAUGUUUAGCAAUGAGGCGUAUCCGUUGUUUGUCACCUGGAAGAUUGGACGAGAUAAGCGACUGCGUGGCUGCAUUGGCACCUUUAGUGCCAUGGAACUGCACAAUGGACUACGGGAAUACGCGUUGACCAGCGCCUUUAAGGACUCCCGUUUCGCGCCCAUUUCACGGGAUGAGUUGCCCCGUUUAACUGUAUCCGUCUCCAUCUUGCAGAACUUUGAGGAGGCUCAAGGUCAUCUGGAUUGGCAGCUGGGCGUGCAUGGCAUACGUAUUGAGUUCUUGACGGAGCGGGGAUUGAAGCGCACGGCGACGUAUCUGCCACAAGUGGCCAGCGAACAGGGCUGGGAUCAGGUGCAGACCAUAGAUUCCCUAUUGCGAAAGGGUGGCUAUCGGGCUGUCAUCACCCAGGAGCUGCGCAAAUCCAUCAAACUGACGCGCUAUCGCUCCCAGGAGAUUCAGAUGCACUACAAGGAAUACCGCGAGCAUCUGGAACGCCGUGGCGUCCAAUACGGCAAAGUGCAGUGCUAACAAUUAAAUAAACAAUCCUGGCUAAAAGCAAGUCUGGCUCUGCUGCUGCUUGUGCUUCUUCUAGGUCUUGAGUUGACCCAGGAAUGGGGAUUCUUCAGCAGAUUCUUCACUCUGCAUCUGAGCACCCCUUAAUUUCGAUUUCGAUUUCAGCAAAAAUACAAACACAAAUAAAUGUAUCUGUAUCUUUUUA